AUGCAGUCCAACUUUGAUUGGCCUGUUGCUGAAGUUCUAGUUGGCUUCAGUCUUCUCUGCUUUGAUUUUGCUCACUGCUUGCAAAAUCUGAACUUCAAGAAAGGACAACGAAAGUUAUGCAAGUCGGGCAUUGGUGGGUGGUCUUCGUGCAGUAACUUCUCUGCUUCACAGAGGAGGCGUUCUGCUUCAUCGAGAGUGACGUGUUGUGCUCCAUCUUCAAGCAGCGGCAAACCUCACGGCGGCUUUGUGAUGGAGAAAGAGAUAAAUGGGGGUUCCACGGUGGUCGACGUCGACGUCAACCCACACCCACACCCCGAGGAUCAGGGUGUGACUCCGUGGUGUAUCUCUGUUUCUAGUGGGUAUACUUUGUUGAGAGAUCCACACUUCAACAAAGGACUCGCCUUCACUGAAAAAGAGAGGGACGCCCACUACUUGCGUGGCCUUCUUCCCCCAACAGUUAUUUCUCAAGAAACUCAGGUGAAGAAAAUGAUCCAACACGUACGUCAGUAUCAAGUUCCAUUGCACAAGUACAUGGCAAUGAUGGAUCUUCAGCACAAUGCACAUGGUAUGCCAAUCCUCAUCUCUCAGGAGAGAAAUGAAAGGUUGUUUUACAAGCUUCUAGUUGAUUAUGUGGAGGAGUUACUACCAGUUGUCUAUACUCCAACAGUUGGUGAAGCUUGCCAGAAAUAUGGAAGUAUCUUCAUGCAGCCUCAGGGACUUUAUAUAAGUUUGAAGGAGAAAGGGAGGAUUCUUGAAGUACUAAGGAAUUGGCCUGAGAAGAACAUUCAAGUCAUUGUUGUAACUGAUGGAGAGAGAAUUCUGGGUCUUGGGGAUCUUGGCUGUCAACAGGGAAUGGGAAUACCGGUAGGAAAACUUUCUUUAUAUUCAGCACUUGGCGGAGUUCAUCCUCGUGCUUGCUUGCCUAUUACCAUUGAUGUGGGUACAAACAAUGAGAAGUUGUUGAAUGACGAAUUAUAUAUAGGGCUCAAGCAAAAACGAGCAACUGGGCAGGAAUAUGCUGAACUUUUGCAUGAAUUUAUGACAGCAGUCAAGCAGAAUUAUGGGGAAAAAAUCCUUGUUCAGUUUGAAGACUUUGCAAACCACAAUGCUUUUGAUCUACUUGAAAAAUAUAGGUCAACACAUCUUGUCUUUAAUGAUGAUAUUCAAGGUACAGCAUCCGUGGUUCUUGCAGGACUGGUUGCAGCUCUGAAAUUGGUUGGGGGAAACUUGAUUGAUCACAGGUUCUUAUUCCUUGGUGCUGGAGAGGCUGGCACUGGAAUAGCAGAAAUCAUAGCACUUGAAACUUCAAAACGGUCAAAUGUUCCACUGGAAGAAGUGCGCAAGCACAUUUGGUUGGUGGACUCAAAGGGUUUGAUUGAGAGUUCCCGUAAAGAAUCGCUUCAACAAUUUAAGAGGCCCUGGGCUCAUGAACAUGAACCUGUUAAGGAACUUGUAGAUGCUGUUAAUAAAAUUAAGCCAACGGUGUUAAUUGGAACAUCAGGACAAGGGAGAACUUUUACUAAGGAAGUCAUUGAAGCUAUGGCUUCCCAUAAUGAGAAACCUAUUAUUCUUUCCCUUUCUAACCCGACAUCACAAUCAGAAUGCACUGCUGAAGAAGCUUACACUUGGAGCAAGGGACGUGCCAUUUAUGCUAGUGGGAGCCCUUUUAGCCCAGUUGAAUAUGAUGGAAAAGUGUUUGUGCCUGGCCAGUCCAAUAAUGCAUACGUUUUUCCUGGAUUUGGUCUUGGUUUAAUAAUGUCUGGAACCAUUCGCGUGCAUGAUGACCUGCUUCUGGCAGCUUCUGAAGCUUUGGCUUCACAGGUGACUCAGGAGGACUAUGACAAGGGGCUCAUAUACCCUCCAUUCCGCAACAUCAGAAAGAUUUCAGCACACAUAGCAGCCAACGUGGCUGCAAAGGCCUAUGAGCUUGGCUUGGCCACUCACCUUCCACAACCAAAAGAUUUGGUGAAGUUUGCUGAGAGCUCUAUGUAUACACCAGACUAUAGAAUCUACCGAUCAAAAGUUGUCUUUAGUGGGCAUGCUAGCUGCUUUCAACGAUGUGUCUUUCUAGCAAUGGAUUCUGUUGUGAAGAAGAUGAGCAGAAUUUAUGCUGCCAGAGGAGAAUACAAUACACUCACUUAG